UCACCUUUUUAUUUUACUUUAUGAAAUACGAAAAGUCGAUAAUAGCGCCUCCAUGUCCGAUCUCUGUCCUUUCAUCCUAAUUCAGCUUUUUCAACGAAUACCCACCAGCCUCGGCCUCCUCCACUCGACCUCAAGAUUAUUAUACAUAGUGUAGCUUCCGUCACGACUAUGUCUCAUCCGCUUGACAAAUAAAUCAAAUAUACCCAGACUGUCUAUUGACUACGUAUCCUGAUAUCCCUGGAUUACAUCCUCUUCGCAUGUGAUACGCCGUGAGGAGAAUGCGCCCCUCCUUUGACCUCACGAAAGGCCACUUGCCUCCCUUCCGUUUGGCGCGCUGAGAUAUUCUGGACGGCGAGCAAGCUGGUGUUUGCCUGCUGUGUAUGUGAAGGAUGAUCUGGUAUCUUCUCUAUCCUUUCAGAGGAACUACUGAAGGUCCCGUACUAGAGGAAUCGCAUCCUUUACGUAUUGCUUUCGCGCGGUACGGACGAUACGCUGCUAGCCAUGUUGUGACAACCUUGCUGGUCUCCGUUGCUGUCGCUUCCGUCCUUAUAUAUCCCUUCCCCUUCCUCUAUACUACCGACUUUACCAGUGGCGCGUCUAUCCUUCCCGAACAUGCCUGGACCGAUACUUUACCUCUGGUCGACAAGAACAGAGUCGAACCUGAUGUUAUUAUGCGUUCGAUAUGGGUACACGGCAACUAUUUUCAGGCUCUAAACAGAAACGUACUACGAAGUGCGCUGGAUCUUCAAGAUGAACUGCUUGGCCCUACUGUCAAUUUUAACCCACGGCGUUAUAUUGCUGACGAGAUCGAUAAUGCUAAUGCUACGAAUACCGAUCUCACGCUUGACCAACGCGAUUCCUAUCAUGUUGCCAAUGGUUUAACGAACCAGUCUUGGUUUUUCCAAUCCCCGCUUCAGUAUUGGUCGUGCUCCUCAGAGACGAUAGAGCAAGAUGAUGACAUUAUUGCCACCGCAAAUGAGAGAAAGACCCAAUCGACGUCAGUCAAUGUGACCCUACGGCAUUCGACUGUAUUUAGUGGGAAACGCUUCCAGGAUCGCCGGCUCGUCGCCGCUGAUGCCCUUGUCAUCACCCUUGUCCAUCAUCGAGACUCUCCAGUUGGACGUCAAUGGCAAGAGAAAGUCCAAGCUCUCAAACAGAACACGGAUGAUAAUUGGGACAUAUUUAAUUAUUCUCCGAACGGAAAAACCAGCGAAAUGUAUGAGUUUCAGUUUCGUCCUAUGUCGUCUCAGGAUGUCUUGCUUUUAGGGCUAGCCUAUACCCUCGUCCUUAUUUACUUCUUGACAAGUUUGUCUAAGUUACGGGCCGUCAAGUCGAAGGUUGGAUUGAUGGUUACCGUUAUAGCCCAGAUUGUUCUCGCCAUAUUUUCAAGCUUUACUAUAUGUGCCAUUUUUAAGAUCGAUUUGUCAAGGAUCCCCCGCUUAGGAUACCCGGUCGUGAUCUUUUCUAUGAGCUUGGAAAACAUCUUCCGUCUCAUCAAUGCUGUCAUUCUCACACCAUCGGAACACAACACCAGUAAGAGGAUUGGCUAUGCAUUUGGUGAGACAGGUUUCGUUGCUCUCACCAGCGUCGCUCAAAAUCUUAUCAUCUUAUAUGGCCUAUCGAAACUCGUAUCGCCGGGUGUUUCGGCAUUUUGCACUUUUACGGCGAUUGCAUUAAUAUUUGAUUUCUUUUACCUAUCAACCUUCUUCCUCUCAGUACUCAGUGUUGAUGUUCGACGUACUGAACUUAGCGAUGCACUCGCAAAAGCUUCGAUUCGAUCUCAUCGAUCUGUCUCCGACCCACAAUCACGGCAAACAUGGUUAGAUGCGAUGCUGCAAGGCAGGAUCGCUAUGUCAACACGCAUUGCCGGGACUAUCGUAAUGGUUGGUUUUGUUCUCAUAUCCCAGUGGCACUUUUUUGAGAAUGAAAGUGUCAUAAGAGCACUGAGCCGGAUUCUCCACAUCUCUCCGAAAUACAAGAAUUUAUCGCUGUCUUCAUCUCUAAGCGAAGUUCAUCAAGGCAGAAGUCCAGCAUCGUGGUUAGGUCUUCAAGACCAUGAGACGGCCCGGGAACUCAUUCACGUUAUCAAGCCCGAUGCUCAUAGUUAUAUCGCAAGGGUCUUUUACCCUACAAUUUUCGUUCUUAAAGGAUCGGAUCGGAACCUUUCAGCUAACGAGCCGUGGUUCCCGCCAGCCGUUUACGACUUCAUCCGCCAUCAAUCAUCCCCUUUCAUUGUAACUAUAAUAGUCAUCGCGGCUGCGGUCCGCCUACUAAUGAAUUAUCUAUUGUGGGACGAGUUAGCAGAUUCUGCGAGGAUUGAUGGAGCCGAUAACGAUCCUCUCCUCUCGGUGAAGACCCUAAGCAGAGGCCACACUCUUGAUGUCGCCUUACUCACUGCUUCCUCCGACGGCCACCUGGUGUCCAUUGGGCUGGAUCGAAUUAUCCGAGUAUGGGAUGUCAAAGCUGGCGGCGAAAGCUACGUGUUGAGCGACAACGAUGACUCAUCUCAUAUUCCGUUUCCUAUUUUGGCCGUAUGUAUCGACGAUGAGUCUCACUGGCUUGCGCUCUUAACAUCAAGCAAAGUUCUUCUAUGGAACCUCGUCAAUUUUCGAUGGGGCCCUGUACUCGAGGUGGAGCGGGAUCGACAUAAGCCUGAAGCUUUCUUCUUCGUUCCUGACGAUUCUGCGACUAUUCCCUCUUUAGUGGUUAUUCGGCGGGACGGCACUCUUACGGAACUGAGAACAGAUCAAGCACGACCGAAAAGCGUUAUGCUUACCGAAGGGAGCUCGAUUGUCUCCGUUAGCUCUCUUGCGGAAAAAGGGUUUCCUGCUCAAGUUAUAGCUUCUACUCGUGAUGGUCAAGUUCAUAUUGCCACCCAAGAGGACAAUAAGUGGCCUUCUAGUAUAGUGAACGAAGGCAGUUCGACCGAGCGCGACCUCAUCUCAAUCCAGUCUUUGCCAGAGUUGGGCUUCUUCCUCGUUAUCCGAUUUCAGACCGUGGAUUUAGUGGAUUCACAGACUCUCAAAACGAUUUAUACAUUCAACACGGAUCCUAUUCAACCGAAAAGCGUGAAAUGUUUUCACUCGAGGCCACGGAAAAUGCGGUGCGGCUCCAUUGCCUUAUGGAGUUUUACAAUGGCAUAUAACCAUGCUUACACUCGAGACCUGAUGGUACACACAUAUAGCCCGCAGAAUGAGGGAGAGUCGCUGUGUUUCUGUGACCCUACUUCCCCCACGAGGAAAACGUGCUGUCCAUGGCAAAGAGCAAAGGUGUCGAAGCGGACCAUAAAAAAUCCCGGAGUAUGGGACGCUUUGCCUUCUGGGAUCAUCGCUGGCGUUAGAAAGAAGACGUCGGAAAAAGCCCGAGCAGAUGGCCAUGAUGAUCCCCAGCGUCUCCAACAGCUUAGUAAUCUUCGGCGCCGGCACCAACCUUCUCAAUCUGCGAAUGGCCAUGGUAUCCCAGACAAUAAUUGGGAAGUAUGGAUGUUCUCCCAUUUCGGUAAAAAGGAGACAUGGGAGACGCAGCCGUUAUGCCCGAAGAUUGAAGAUGAUGGCCACCUCUUCGUUAACAAUCUAGGACCUAUGGCGAGAAUCGGCCGUGCCAGCUUGGCUAUUGGACUUAGUAAUGUCAUCAAGGUCAUCGUGGUCGGCAACGAGCGGUUCGAAACGGGAGACAGAGCACAGCCUGAAGACGGGAUGCCUGCGUUGGGGAAUCGUCGGCGUAAGGGGCCAUCAACUCUUCGCGCUAAGCAUGCUGUACACUGCCCUCACUGUUGACAUAGACGAGGGCUCGAACGAUAUUUAUGGUUUAAUUUCUUCUACGGACUAUUUUUACGAUAUGGGAAACGGACUAUUAGGUUCGGACGAGAUAUGAUUUGCAUUACGGAUAUAGGUUCAAAGGAUCUGGCUGGUUCGAGGUCUACACGGUCAACAUAACUAUACAACAACACCACACCAAGGGGUUUAAAGGUUAACGGCGUAUGUUCUGUCUGUUUUUUUUGCUUAUUCUUCUUCGCCUCCGCGAAACUUUACGACUAGGGACAUACUAGAAACGGGAACGGGGAAACGGGUGGCCCGGGGUUAUCACGGCGCGAUUUUACGAGUUCAUCAAAAAAAGCAACGGGGUUCCAA